AUGUCAAUCUAUAAAAGAUAUUAUCCAAAUGGUCAUGUAUACAUUACUUGGUGUCUCAACAACAUCGGUCAGAUUCUCUAUCUCGAAGGCAAACAUGAUGAAGCUCUAAUGAUUUUUGAACAAGAAUUAUCAAUGCUACAAAUGUAUUAUACAUCUGGUCAUGUCAAUAUUGCUGUUACUCUUAAUGAAAUAGGAAAUGUUCACUAUGGACAAGGAAAAUAUUCUAAAGCUGUGAUAUUUUAUGAACAAGCGCUGAAAAUUCUACAGAAAUAUUAUUUCUCUGGUCAUAACGAAAUUAUUUGUAUUCUAAACAAUAUUGGCUAUGUACAAAAAGAACUAGGAAAAUAUAAUGAAGCUCUUGAUUUUCAUCAACAAGCAUUAGCACUUCAAGAGAAAUAUUAUCCAUAUUAUUAUGGAAAUAUUGCUAACACUCUCAAUUAUAUCUGUGAUGUACUACUUUGUCAAUCAAAAUAUGAUGAAGCUCUAUGCUCUUGUAAACGAGCACUAACGUUGCAAGAAAACUAUUAUCCUUUGGGUCAUGUCGUAAUGGCAUCUAGCCUCGGCAAUAUUGGUAAUAUCUUAUAUAAACAAGAAAAGUACAAUGAAGCUAUUGAUUUUCAUCAACGAGCACUAGCAACUGUCGAAAAACACACUUCAUAUGAUUAUUCUUCUAUUACUUUUUAUAUGAACAAUAUCGGAAUUAUAUUAUGCACACAAGAAAAGUAUGAUGAAGCUCUUGAUUAUCAUCGACGAGUACUUGAAAUACAAGAAAAAUAUUGUCUUUCAUGUCAGAGAGAGAUUGCCAAGAGUCUCACUUACAUUGGUAAUGUUCUCCGUGAACAGAAAAAAUACGAUGAAGCCUUCAAAUUUUAUCAACGUGUACUCGAAGUUCAAGAGAAUUAUUAUCCAAAUCGUCAUGUGGACAUUGCAACAAUUCUCAAUAAUAUUGGUGCAACAUUGCGUCAUCAACAAAAAUUCGAUGAAGCAAUUAAAUAUCAUCAAAAAGCAAUAGAAAUUCAAGAGAAAUAUUAUUCAUCAGACAGUAUCAUCAUAGCAAAUACCAUCAAUCGUAUUGGUCAUGUUCUCUACGAUGAAAGCAAGUAUGAUGCAGCUAUUGACUAUUAUCGGCGAGCACUUUCAAUACAAGAGAACUUCUAUCCUGAUAAUCACAUCGAAAUUUCUCAUACUUUCACCUCCAUUGGUAACACUCUAUAUGAACAAAAGAAGUAUGAUGAAACUCUUCAAUUUCAUCAAAAAGCCAUGGCUAUUCAAGAAAAAUAUUAUGAAUUUCCUCAUCUCGAAAUUGCACAGAGCAUGAAUCGUAUCGGUAAUGUCCUAUAUAGUCAAGAGAAAUAUGACGAAGCCAUUGAUUUCUAUCAACGAUCAUUAAGUAUUCGAGAAAAAUUCUAUUCACUUGGUUAUACUGGCAUUGCUACUGUUCUUAGCAAUAUUGGAAAAGCCCUUUAUGAACAAAGAAAAUAUGAUGAAGCUCUUGAUUUCUAUCAACGAGCAUUAAGUGUCCAAGAGAAAUUCCAUGCAACAAAUCAUGUUAGUAUUGCUAAUAUUCUAAUAGACAUCGUCAAUGUCCUAAGAGAUCAAAGAAAAUACGAAGAAGCUAUGAAGUUUCAACGACGAGUAUUGACAAUUCGAGAAGAAAAUUAUUCCUCUUGUCAUGAGAAAAUUGCAGAGUGUCUAAAUCGUAUUGGUCUCAUACAUAUUCAUCAAAGGCAAUAUUAUCUAGCACUCGAUUGUUAUCAACGUGCUUUAACAAUUCUUGAAAAAUGCUAUCCAUUGGGUCAUGUUGAUAUUGCUCUAAAUCUGCGAUCUAUCGGUAUCAUCUUAUAUGAACAAGGAAAAUAUGAUGAAGCACUCGAUUUCUGUAAACGAGCAAUGACAAUCAAUGAGCAAUAUUAUCCAUCGGGUCAUGUAGA